CCUGAUCAGAGUGAGAGCAGACAGUAGGAAAAUCACCCUCUGUUUACUGGAGUCCAAGGGGAACAGACCCGGGAUGCUACGGCCCCCGUUGUUGGGCAGGAGCCUCCGGAAGUCCUCUGGUUUCUCCAUCUUGGUCAAGCAGAUGUGGGGGGCCCUCCGCAGUAGUCCACAAAGGCUGGAGCGAUGGUACUCGCAGGGUCCCUGCGCACAGAGAAAUCGGAACGACGCUUUGCACCCCCCCUGCAAGGGCCCGGCUUCGGCUCCGGGGGGCACCCGGCAGUCCCCCAUCAACAUCCGCUGGAGGGACAGCGUCUACGACCCGCAGCUGAAGCCUCUCAGGGUCUGCUACGCGGCCAGCUGCCUGCACGUCUGGAACACCGGCUACUUCUUCCAGGUGGAAUUCGACGACUCGGCUGAGGGGUCAGGGAUCAGCGGUGGCCCCUUGGAAAACCACUACAGACUAAAGCAGUGCCACUUCCACUGGGGAGCAGUGAACGAGCGGGGCUCCGAGCACACAGUGGACGACCGCGUGUACCCGGCAGAGCUGCAUUUAGUUCACUGGAAUUCGGUGAAAUACCGAAGUUACAAAGAAGCCCUCACGGGGGAGAACGGCAUGGCCGUGAUAGGCGUGUUUUUAAAGCUGGGGGCCCAUCACGAGGCACUGCAGAAGCUGGUGGAAGUCUUGCCGGAAAUAAAGCAUAAGGGUGCGCGCUCCGCCGUGGGCCCCUUCCAGCCCGCCCGUCUCCUGCCCGCCUGCCGGGACUACUGGACCUACGCAGGCUCCCUCACCACGCCUCCGCUCAGCGAGUCGGUCACCUGGGUCAUCCAGAAGCAGCCCAUUGAAAUAGCUCAGAGCCAGCUCCCUCAACGAGAAGCAAAUCCAGUGUUACUUCCUGUCAUAUGUGUUCGCUUGGCGUCUACGUUACAGGCGUUCGUUGACGGUUGCCGUAGUGACUCCCAAACUGGCUGCCUUUCGCUCACUCCUGUUUUCUGCACUUGGUGAAGAAGAGCGUUCGAUGGUGGACAACUACCGUCCUCUUCAACCCCUGAUGAACCGGAAGGUCCGUUCAUCCUUCCGGGCUGUGGAGGAAGGCAUCUGAGAAGAUGUUGCCUCUGAAACUGAAGAGAGAAAGAGAUCAUUGUUUCAGUUGCUGCGCUUCUCAGUUGCAGGGAAAAGAAACCACUUCAAAGAAGCCUCCGUAGGGUAGGGAAUGGAAAUGUGGGACACGAGGUAUCUCGGGGCCCACGGCGGUGCCCGAGCAAGCCCCCGCCGACCACUGACCCAGGCCACCCGCCCGGCCCCUGUUGUCCGCGCUUCCUUGUCUCAGGCGGCCUCUGUUUCUCCACACGCAUGGCCACCGCGUGCUUCUCAAGGGACUGGGACCCACCUGCAUCUUCCCCGCCUCCGGACUCCUGGGCGUCUCAGCGUCCACAGCAUCUGCUGUGACAGGUGACCACAAACCAGGGGGACGGCUAACACAAUGGGAAUGUGCUGCUUCCCGGCUCUGGAGGCCAGAAGCCCCGUUUGAAGGUGUCGGCAGGGCUGACUCCCUCUGGAAGCUCGCAGAGAACUAUGGCUUCCUGGCCUGUCGCGGCCCCAGGGGCCGCCUGCGUUCCCUGAUUCCCUGGUUCCCUGGCUCGAGCGCCCCCUCCCCCCCAGCUUCACGGCCGAGGGCUUUUCCAACGUGGCCGUGCAGCACCCAGUGCCGUUUAGUUCUGGUCAUUCUGGACGGUGUGUAACGGUUUCUCACGGUGGGGUUCUGGUUUUUGUUUUUUAAUGGUGGUGAAACACACACCAUCUUACCCAUUUUCAAGUGGGUGGUCCGUGGUGUUUACUGCGUUCAGAAGGGUGUGCAGCUGUCCCCCCACCCGGCCCGAGCUCUCUUCAUCUCGUGGAACUGGAGGCUGUCCCCCGUGUGCGCUCCCUGCCCACACCCACCCCCAGCCCUCGGCGGCCACUGUGGCCGCGUCUGUCUCCGCGAUGCUGACUGCGCUAGAAUAAAGCAUAGUGGAACCACGUAGUGCUCGUGCUGUCGUGGCUUCUUUCACUUAGCGUCGCAUCCCCCGCGUUCACCCAUCUUACAGCUGUGUUACAGUGACUGACAAUGGCGUUUUUAUUCCUGGGGCAUCACAGACAUUCCCCUCUGGUGGGAAUGCAACACCACAAACCCCCCGUCGUGUUGUCUCCCAACCUGACCCUCGUGCCCAGCAUGCCGUGAGACACGUAAGCACGUGCACGUUUUCUUCUUCCUUUUUUCCCCCUGAAGUA